AUGAUUUCGAUUCUGCAAUUGUUAUUGUUCAGUGAACUCCUAUCUAUUUCCCAAAUAGAUGUUUAUUGCCUGGAAGAGGCGGUGGAUGUCCAGCCAAUGCCGUCUUCGUUAUUAAAUUCCGCCCAAAGCGAAAAGAGUCUUGACAGCGAUGGGAGACGUUAUUUUGAAAACAGAAAUGAUUUUCCGGGGUUUGCAGCUCAGGCUAUUACUGAAGAAACUGAUAUCUUCAAUGGACAGCUCAAUACUAAUGUCAACAUGAAUUCUAACGCCAGGGUCCCGUGGAUUAAACAAAAGGGGAGAAACAAGCUGGGAAGAAGGCGAGGGUUCAGAAAAAGGCGACUCAUGAACGAUGCAAAGAAGAAACAAGGCUUGAAGCAAAUGGUUCAGGUGGUUGUACCAAGGAGUGCAUUGUCCCAGUCUUCUGUUACUUUUGAUACCAAUGCAGUCAAAGACAACGGAAGACGGACCAAAACGAAAUGCUCUGACAGCAGCGAAGAAGAAGAUCUAGACAAGGAUUCACCGAACGAGUGUAACUGUAACAUUGGCAGUAAAAUUUUACGACAGAUAAGACAGCUAAGGUACCAGUUAGACGUCAUGGAGAAUCUCGUCUACGAUAAUUUGAGUUUUGACGACGAGUCUUGA